UAAAAAGCUGUUGAAAAGCUUGAAUGCUUUACAAUGAUAAUGCUGUGAUGAAGCUGUUAAAUGAAAAAGGCGAUGUUACCGUUUCAGCUCCCAUGGUUCGCUAUAGUAAACUAGCUUUUCGAUGUUUAGUAAAAAAGUAUAGCACGGAUAUUUCCUAUUCUCCGAUGGGAUACUUUUGUAAAAUAUAUUGAACUCUUUACGAUUAUCUUUGGGAUAUUUUAUUAGACCUAAAAAGCAGAUUAAGCAAAUAAUUUCCAAAUGCUUUAUACAAUCGAGUAAGGCAAGAGACGUUGAAUUUAGGACUAAUGCUUCUGAUCGGCCUCUAGUUUUACAGUUUGCUGCUAAUAAUUCUUCUGAUUUUGCAACUGCUGCGAGUAUAGUUUCUAAAUUCUGCGAUGCGAUAGAUUUAAAUUGUGGCUGUCCGCAAUCGUGGGCUGUUCAAGGCGGGCUUGGCUCUGCGCUCAUGAAAAAUCCUGAACUUAUUUCUGCAAUGAUUAAAGAAGCUUACAACGUUGUUGCCGUUCCAAUUUCUUUAAAAGUUCGAAUUCUUCCAGAUGAAAAUUUAACCGUUGAAUUCGCCCGGAGAGCCGAGAUGGCUGGUGCUUCUUUUAUUACUGUGCACGGCCGCACGCCCUAUGACAAUAGUGCGCCAGCCAAUUAUCAUUCAAUAAGACUGGUAAAAGAAAACGUUAGUAUCCCUGUUAUUGCUAAUGGAGACUGUUUUUCCGUAGAAGACGCUCAAAAAAUUUUGCAGUUGACACGUGCUAAUGGCGUGAUGGCUGCUCGAGGGCUGUUAGCUAAUCCGGCUAUGUUUGCUGGUUAUAGUUAUACUCCUUGGCAGUGCGUGCAAGACUUUGUGGAUUAUUCACUUUUAUAUGGAACUUCUUUCAAUAUUUUUCACCAUCAUCUUAUUUUUAUGCUGGAAAAAGUUCUAAACAAGUUCGAAUUUCGAGAAUUUAGUACGUCCGCGUCGGUGGCCAGCGUGCUGGAGUUUUUGUCUCGCUAUGGAAUCCACAAUCACGAAUAA